UUCUGAACACCACCAAUGGCUCUGGACAGGUCCACCUUCGAAACCCUCGUCCCUUCGCGCUUCGUCGCCUUCACAUUCCCCGAUCCUUCUUCUCCCUCCGCCGCCACCGGCCACCGCCUCCUCCGGGUCGCCGUCCUGGACUCCCCCAUCCGGCCGCCCGCCUCGCCCCGGGUCGCCGCCAUGCUCGUCCCCUCCCAUCGCGAGCGCGACUGGAUCUUCUCCACCGAGUCCGGCCACCUCCAGCUCCUCCUCGGCUCGCCCGGCCUCUCUCGCCUCAUCCUCAUCGGCGAGCAACCAGUCGAUGGGGGCGGUUCCGGUCUCGGUUUCCGCCGCCAGAUGGAACGCGAUCGGUCGCGUAGGGAGGGUCUCGAAGAGAGCUUGAAGCCUCUGGUUCUGGCUCUGUCUCCGAGGAUUUGCUUCGAAAGCGGAAUGCCGGAGGUAACUUUCUUAAGCUAUGAAGAUGAUUUGGUCGCUAGUGUGAUACUUGAAGCGUGCAUUGGUGAGUUUGUUGGCGAAAUGUUAGUUGAAGAUGUGGAGAUAGAGAGGGGCAGUGGAUGCGGAGAGAGGGAGUUUAGAAGGAGAUUGAGGUUCAAAAGAAUGCCGAAUUUGGUUCAGACUCAAGUUCGUGUCGUACCACGAGAGGAUCGUGGUGAGACAGGGAGAUGCUUGGCAAUCGGGGAAAUGCAAUUCAGAAUUGAUGCUAGAGUGUUGGUGCAUCCAUAUUUGGCUCCCAUGGUGGCGAGUCUAUCAUUGAUUGGUUUUCACAUCGAUGAACAGAUUCGGAAGGGGUUGAGGCCGAAAGCAUUUUGUGCUGGUGUCGGUGGUGGUGCUUUGCUUGCUUUCUUAAGGGGUCAAUUGGGUUUUGAGGUCUUGGGAGUAGAUGUUGAUGAGGUGGUUUUGAGGGUUGCGAAACAGUAUUUUGGGCUUGAAGAUGGUGACUUUUUGAGUGUUGUAGUUGGGGAUGCAAUAGAAUUGAUAGAAAGACUUGCAAGCUGGAAAACUGAGGGCACUUUGGUUGCCAAGUAUGGUCGUGAUUUGAGUGUUGCUGAUGGUAUUGAUGGUAAAUUUGAUGUUAUUAUGGUGGAUUUGGACUCAAGUGAUGUCAGAACUGGAUUGGUAGCUCCACCUCUAGAAUUUGUGAGGAAGUCUGUUCUGCUGGCUGCCAGAUCACUCCUUUGCGCGUUUGGAAUUCUUGUAAUUAAUGUGAUUCCUCCUAAUAGGUUUUUUUAUGAAACAAUGAUUAACGAAGUGAGGGCUGUCUUUCAUGAUCUGUAUGAAAUUGAUGUGGGGAAUGGGGAAAAUUUUGUGGUUAUUGCCACAGUGACAUCUAUUAGGGAUUGUUCUGGGUAUGAUGUUUCGUUUAUCAUGAAGCUGAACUCGAUACUUUCCGGUGCUUACAUGGACUCCAUUAGGAAAAUCUGAAGGCCUAGGUAAAUGCAAGUUUACUCUAGGAGAAAAUAAGAAGUUUUCAAAUCAUUCCCGUCAAGCAUAGUUGAAGAAAAGAUGACUGCACCUUUGGCACGCAGUAAGAGCUUAAUAGUUUUUCUCAACAAAUUUUGCCCUUGGUUAUCGUCCUUGAACCCUCAUUUCCGAGAGCCGUUGGUUCGUUAUUUUAGCAGUGCUGGUUCUAAGGGUCAAUGAGUUUGUUGGUGUAUGAGUGUGAUUUUCGAGAUACAGUGAACCGACCUUGCCAUGACUCGGAGACAUAACUUGAAGAGGCUGCUGUGGUUUCGAGAUGGAGACUAAUUAUCACCUAUGGUGGUUGUCUUUGGACUACUGAUGUCGUUGUUGAACAAAAACCUUUGAGAAGGAAUUGUUUCCAUCACUGCAGAUAACCAGAAGUGGGAGUUGUCAUUCGCUUUAGAAUGUUGAAUACGUAGAAUGUAUAGCGCCAUUUGGUUGUGGGGAGAUGAGUGGCUAGUGUCAAGCACACUUAUAGGGAGGUCAGCAAAUGCAAAUUAACAGAUGGUAUUCCCUACUGGGUAAUGUUGAGCGCCCAUUUGGAAAAACGAAAGCACUGUCCAGGGUUAGAACUUCACUCGGCAAUCUACGCGAGAAAGAAUUCGUGGAUAUUGAACAAGAUGCAGGUAAGAUGCAAAUUGAUUUACUUUGAUGGUUUCCUUCCAGAAGUGAUGCAGAAUUCGUGUCUGCUUGGUCGUAUUAAUCCAAAAAGUCACUGGAGUUAUGGAAGUUAAAUGGGGCAGUUGCUGUUCAAUUGAAAAUGGAGCUUCAAAUGUUGGGAGAACACCUUUCUUGUUACAGUAUAUAGUUGGGACAUUUGGAAGGAAAAGAUGCAGUGGAGCUUUUGAGGAUGUUGAAGGCCCGUCUUAAUGUCUUUAAAAUAUGGGGGGAUUGUCCAGCGGUGUCGAAGCUUCAUCUCCGAUGUACAGCCUUCCUACCAUGUUGGAGAAAUCGUUGUUGGAACAUCAUACUCCUAUGUGACAUACAGUCAUGUUGAAGAAUAUGUUGCUGUUUAGGUACGGAAAAAGAAAUGUUUUGGUGGCUUGAACAUCCGGGCCAUUAUUUGU